AUGGUCUCUGCAGGCCGCAUAUGCUGUAUAACAGCUCCCUUUCUUCUCACCAUUGCCGUCCUCGUCUGCACGGUAUUGAUAUUCAUCGCCGGAACCAUCGAUCGGAAUAAGACCGUCGAUGAUUUAUAUUUCCUAAAGAUCGAUUUGACAAACCUCACCCUCACCUCCUCCGCAAAUCUAGUCGGCGAUACCAGUGCAUCCGAUUCCACUAUCCUCGCAGGUGCCCUUCAGGCUGCGAAGCAGUCUCUGGGCAUGAAAGACUUUUACACCAUCUACCUCCGAAGUUACUGUAGCUGGAACGGCAACGACACCUAUGCGAACUGCACCGACCCCAAGGCAUACUUCUGGUUCAACCCUAUCAACGUCUGGGGAUUAAACAACACUGGAGUAGAUGUGGACACCUUCAUUCCCAAAGAGUUCAACGACGGACUCAAGGUCUACCACAAUGCCUCCAAGGCCAUCUUCUACCUCUACACCGGCGCUCUCGCCGCUGCUGCCAUCAGCAUCUUGGUAGGCAUCUCAGCCAUUUUCUCCCGAUGGGGUUCUUUCUUCACCACCUUCUGUGCCACCGCCAUGUGGGUUCUCUUGGUUGCUGCUUCAAUCACAACCACUGCCGUCUACGUCAUCCUUCGCGCCGCCUUGGACAACACUCUAAAGAAGGACUAUGGAAUUGAUUCAGAUAUUGGUACCAGAGUCCUCUCUGUCUCCUGGAUCGGCUCAGCCUUCGCCGUAGGAGCAGGCUUCUUUUGGUUCCUAUCAGUCUGUUGCUGCAGUGGACGAAGCCCAUACAACCCUGGCAGUAAGGAAGCCAGACGCACCCGGGCCGAGAAGACUCCAUACACCUAUGAACGUGUUGGCAGUCCUUACAUGGGUCCCAGCGACCACCAAAGUGUUCCCUUGACGAAUUUCGGACCUGGAAAUCAGCAAGCCCAGAGAGGAACUGCCUAUGAACCGUUCCGUCCUCAACACGUCUAG